AUGGGGACUCGCGAGGACGCCAUGUACGAGUAUCGACGAGAGGGCGCAGGCGUCGGAGACGAGCUGCGCGGCUGCGAGAGUGAUCGCGAUCCCUCCGUCGUACAGGAGCUAUUGGGUCCACGCGGGAGAGGAGACGGAUCCUCUGGAGGGGCGAAGAAGAAGAAGCUUGAUGACGAGACGAGGCUCAACCUUGGAACGACCAUACGAAUCCUCAAAGAACGCCUCCCCACGAUACUCCAACAACCCCUCCCCUCCGAAAUCCUCGCCGACAACAUCUCCCUCCACCUCUUCCCCUCGACCCACCCCCACCUCCCCGUCGCGAACGGCAAGGCCGCCUACAAAGCCGCCUUGUGGACCUCCCCGCUCGCCUGGAACCGCCUCCCCAUAAUAGGCAACGUCGGCCUCGAGGUCCAGUCCAUCCGCCUACAGCCGGGCCCCUUGCCCUUCACCCCGCUCCGCACCGGCUCGCUCGAGGACAUGCUGGUCGUGCGCUGGGUGACCGAACCCUCCUCCCUGCCCUCCGAGUUUUUGCGCAACAUGGCUGCCCGCAUCGGCGGCGGCUCUCAGCCCGCUGCCCAGGAGUUCAUGGGCCUCUUUGCGUUCCAGUUCGAUAACAAGGGCCGCGUCCUCGACCACACCAUCGAGAGCGCCGAGCAUAGUAGGCACUGGAGUAAAGGUAUGGGCUCUAGCGUCGUCCGGUUCACGGAUAAGCUGCUCGGCGGCAUCAGGCAGAGGGGCGAGCCGGAUCCCGUGCUUUUCCCGGCCUGUUCUGCGAGGGGUCGUGGUGGUGGUGGCGGUGGAGGGGACAAGGGGGACAAGGACUAA